AUGAGAAUUGCACAACAUAGCAAGUCAUGUUAAAUUCUUCUACAAAAAAAAAUCUUCACUUUUGAUGAUUAAGAAUUAAUUAACACAGCAGAAUCGACUCCUGAUUCUUCAGGAAAUUCAGAAAAACCGUAAUUAGUGGUUUUUAGAAGUUAAAUACUUCCUGACUCUUAAAUAGCAAGAGAGCUUCAUGAAGCAUCUAUCUAAUCACAUUGGUAUGGAGAAACACCCAAAGAGUAUUUAGAUAAACGUAUUGUAAAGCUCAAGAAACAAAAAUGUAAAUUUUGCUUAUAUAUGUUUUUUAGUUGAAAAAGUUGUUGUAUUGGAUCUGGAUGAGACAUUAAUUUAUCAUAAAAAUAAUAAGACUUAAGUUCGUCCCUUUUGUUAAGAGUUUUUGGAAAGAUUAUCAAGAAUAUGUACUUUAGUACUUUUUACUGCAGCUAAAUAAGACCAUGCAAUAAACGUAAUUUAAUUCAUUAAUUUAAAGAUGUUAAAAAUUAUAGAUCCAAAUAAAAAAUAUUUCAAAGCUAUUUGCACAUCAGAACACAUGAUAGGCAAUGUUAAAGAUUUGAGAAUUUUUUAAACUGAUCUCAAAGAUAUUGUUAUUGUUGAAAAUUCUCCAAAAAAAUUUAUGUAUUAUCAUAUCUAAUAAGCGCUUAAAUUAAUAAUGGCAUACCAAUCUUACCUUAUGAAGGCUAACAAAAUGAUAAUUAGCUUGAAUUAUUACUUUCUUUUUUAGAAAUAGUGCUUUUGGUUGAUGAUGUGCGUAUUCAAUUAGCAAAUGUCUUUAAAUUAUAAAAUUUUUAUAAGGAACUAAAUGGAAAAUAGGCCAUUAAUAAGUUAUACAAUUCUAAAAAGAUUUUAUGA